GGUGGAAGGUAGAAAGGAUACAACGAAAAACGCACAGCGAUUAAGCGCUCUUUGAUUGACCUCUAAAUCAGGCACAUCCGCAGACGAAACCCGUGCCAAAUGCGUGUGUUUCGAGAUGAUUCAGGCGCAGUGUCUUCUUCGUGAACCUCGCGAACCAAACGCCAUAAAUUGUUCAAUGUCUGUCUGGCGGUGAGACUGGCGGCUGUAGCAUUUGUCGCGUCUCGUCUGCUUAAUCAUGGUCUCGGUCUUCGCACUUGCAACUGGCCCAUUCAGAUCGUGGUAUACAAAAAAAAUCGGCAUCAACACACUGAACUUCCACUUCAGUUCGUCCCUUACCCACCCCGUAUUCCCCUGACGGCCCUCGUGUGUAGGUAAUAGUAAGAACUUCAAGUAUACCCACCCCGUGCUGGUUCCACGCUCUUUCCACUCUCAACAGCUGAUUCAUCCUUCUGUUCUCGGCUCGCGCCAAAAACGAUCAACUGUCAGGGCGGUGUGACACAACGGGCAAGAGAAAAUGGGUUCCAUUUUUUCGCAGAACACCAUCCACAAUGCCAUUACGCGUGACGCCGUUAAUUUCCCCCCCCCCCCCCCCCCCCGCCCCUUUGUGAUAAUGGAGACAGUUACGCAAUACAGAGUCUAACGAGAGCUCGUUGAAACGUUGAUUCAUUGAUAGUGGGAGUUAGAUUGGCCGGUCUAGCCGUUCUAAUUUAGGUGAAUGACCAUUUGAUUAGAUUAGCAGGUGUCCUGGGUUAAUACAGAAUGAAAGCUACAUUGUUGUGUGUUCUUGACUUCAUAACAAAAGAAGUCGCGGGAAGUUUAAAUCUCUCAUCGGGUAUGUACUUCAAGGUUUCUGACAACUUGAGUCCAAUCCUUUCAUCACCCAUCACAGAUGAUCUUUUCGGUGAGAUGAAUGACAUAAGAAAGGUUUGUUGAUGGAUUCUCCGUCACACAAAGCAUUGGUAUUUUGUAGCCUAUUGGAACCAAUCAGUGUGUCUUAUUGUAAAGCAAUUUGGAGGUGUGUGAAAGAAUGGUUGAGACAUCAAGAAGCAGAAACACUCUAGUUGACAGUUGAUUGGUUGGAGGUUUAAAUCGCACCAGCCUGGGUAUUUCUGCAGAAUCGUUUCCAAAAACGUAUCACUUAGUCUUCUGGCCUUCAACCUGGUUGGUUGGUUGGUUCUUGAAAUUCGAAAGUGCGCCAUCAUUUCCCUAGUAGCAAGGUUGAGGUAAAUUUCACAGGAAAAUCUGCUAACGCAAUGUCCAUUUCUACAGAACUCUUCACCCAGCGGACAAGGCGCCACAAAUUACCAGCAAAAUUGAAGCUGACAUAAUCCAAACGAGGGGAGAACAGGGGUAGAAAACCCGGCCAACGCUAACUGCCUCUGACACGACCGGUACCUUGUAUCAUCUUGGAUAUAGCAGGAAACACCUCCUGACGUUACCGACGUUCCAUUUGUCAACAUUAACGAUCGUAGCUUGUUGCGAAGAGUCAGAAGCAAGGUUGGGAGAGAGAAAUAGAGAUUUCAACGAACUGUCGCGUGCAGGUCGCGAUCUAUUUUCGCAGAAACAGCUGCUCUAGCUACUGCUGCCAUUCUUGUGCGUGUGUGUGUCGUGUGGUGUUUGCCGAUUCUUAAACCUCCCCCAUUCCCAUACCCUGAUGUCGUCGACAAAACGGACAGGGCCAUCAAGUACCUUCCGCGUGAGUGUUUCUUCUCCCGAUCCUCUUCGUAUGUGGAGAAUGCUUGUCACACACGAAGACAGGCUCGGAAUCCAAGUGAGAGAGUUGUUUUAUGCAAAAAAAGCAUUGCCCGUAGUCUGUUGGGUUGGAGAAAACGUUGGGACAGUUUUUGUGGUACUUCAAAAUUUCAAUUUUAUUUCCAACUACAAAGGUUCGCCACAAUCUGUUGGAAUUUGUGAGACGCAAUGAUCUCAACAGGAUUAAAAAACCCGCACAUAAAUCUUAUUGGAAAACUUGUCUCAUAAACCCUCUCAUAAACCAUACCACACGAAUCUGAUACGAUUUGAGAAUGUUUUGGUAACGGUUACCGAGCGUCUUACCGCGUGAAACGUUGACAGUGUGCGAAAUCGCGGUUGCGGUGUGCAAAUAAAGAUACAUUCAACCACCCACUCCCUUCUCCCUGCACGAACACGACAACAUCGACGAACGCUUUUUAAAACCGGCACGAGUGGGUUCGCCGCGACACAACGCGCGCACCGUGUGCGCUCUCUGCAGUACCGCCAGAACGAACGAACGAUCAGCACGAACUUGUCGCGGACGAGCGAUCGAGCGAAAAGUAACAGACCGAAAACAAAACAAAAAAAAACGAAACGAACCGGAUUUCGAACUUCUAAACCAAUAACCAGCAGUCGCAGCAUCUUUUCCCCCGGUGCUGUUUGCAGCGAACAAGCGAACGAGAAGCGUUUGAAAGAGUCGAAGAAUUUCAAACUCCAACACCCUCAUAACGCAAAUAAGCAACAAAAAGUGACAAUUUCGAACGCAAAACUAUUAAACAAACAAGGAAAAUAAAACGAUCGAAACCAUCACUUGCCUCGCGAGAAACGAGAUCUAUUUGGUGCAAGUUUUGGAACGAGUGAAGUGAGCAAACCGAGUACGACAGAACAGCCACAGAACGUGAAGCUUCUUGUGAAGGUGCUGCUGUUAGUGGCUUGUGUGUUGUACACCCGGGGCAGAGAGUAAAUAAGUGCCUUUCUCGGCAAAGCGUAUUCCCCUUUGCCUGCUGUGAACCCGUGAGCGUCCGUCCAUUUACAGGUGUGUGACAACGUCAUCGCGAAAAAUCAACACUAUCUAACGGUGCUGUAUGUUACUCAACAGCAGGAGCAGCAGCAGCAAAAGCUCCAAGCUGUCGUCGUCCACCUCCAGCACCACGACGAAGCAUGUGGAGAAGAGUUCCUCCUCCACGCAGCGUAUGUCGUCCCUAACGUCGUCCUCCUCCUCCUCCAGCAGCACAACGUCGGCGGCCGCCGUCAAGCAGGGCCUGGGCGAGAUGCAAAACUCCAUCGCCGAGAUGAAGAACAUGAUGGGUCAUAGCACCAGCAGCAGCAGCAGCAGCACAUCCCAGAAUCUAUCGACCACGACGUCGACCUCGUCCAUUAAAUCUUCCGCCCUUUCGAACCAUCGCAAGAUGUCGUCCAAAAUCAACGAUAUCAAAUCAAGGCUCCGCUCCUCGAUGGACAGCCUCGACGAUCCUCAGGGAGCCGAUCCGCUGGUAACGUUUCCCGACUCCGAAACCGACGACGAUCACCUCUCCGGCAUGGCCUCGUCACUGAAGCCGCUCGGUGCGAAUGGUGGGGGCAGCGGCAGCAUCCUCGUCCCGAACGGUACCAAUCACCACCAUCAGGCACUGAUGAACGGGUGCGCCGCCGCCGGCACGACCGUCGAUACGGUCAAGUUCGAGCAGAAGAAAAUGACGUCCGAGUCGAAGACGAAGGUAACGACGGACGGGUUCAGCAGCGAGCAGGCCACUAUCAACUCGGCCGAAUCGAAGAAGCUGCAGGCGGGCGACCUGCAGUACCAGGAGCAGGCCGCCCUCGCCGCCACGAGCAGCCGGAUGGAGGUGGACGGUGUAACCGCGGAGGAGAAGGGUGCAAUACUGAAGGAAGCCCGGUCGUUAAAAAUGGGAGACUUUCAGCAGGCAGAGGCAAACAACAUUGCAGCUCACAGUCGGAAAGUACACAGUGACCACUUUAGUGCGGAAAACAAAGCAAUCUCGCAGGCCCAGCAAAAGCAGACAGUGUCCGCGAGCGGCAUCUUCAACCAGGAAAAGCACGUCUCCUCCACGACCCAGUCCACCUUUACGAUGUCGAACACGAGCACGAUCAGCUCGUCCUCGCAGAUGAGCACACUGUCGUCCUCGACGUCGGCCGCCCUCGGCGACGACUUCCCCUCGUUCGAGGACUUUGAGCGGUUGGGAAACACGCCCGAGGAGAUCGACAGCACGAUCAUGAAGUACUCGAAGCAUCUGGCCAACUAUGUGCAGAAUCUGCAGCAGACGGAGCAGCUGAAGAAGGCACCGACGCUGCUAAAUCACAUGAACGAGAUCAUUCGGCGGGCGUGGGCUGUCCCAACGCACGGUCACGAGCUCGGUGCCAGUCUGUGCGACACGCUGCGCAAUACGGGCGGGCUGGACAUACUGAUGCGCAACUGUGUGGAUAACGAUUCGGAGGUGCAGUUCUCGUCCGCCCGGUUGCUGGAGCAGUGCCUGACGACCGAAAACCGAACGCACGUGGUGAAGAACGGGCUGGACAAGGUGGUGAAUGUGGCGUGCGUCUGUACGCGCAACAAUGCGACGGAUCAUUCGCGCGUCGGCACCGGCAUACUGGAGCAUCUGUUCAAGCACAGCGAGGACACGUGCUCGAACGUGAUCCGGCUCGGCGGGUUGGAUGCGGUGCUGUUCGAGUGUCGCAAGAACGAUGUGGAAACGCUGCGACACUGUGCCGGUGCGUUGGCCAACCUGUCGCUGUACGGUGGGUCGGAGAAUCAGGAAGCGAUGAUCAAUCGGAAGGUGCCGUCGUGGCUGUUCCCGCUCGCCUUCCACAACGACGAAAACAUCAAAUACUACGCCUGUCUGGCGAUCGUGGUGCUGGUCGCAAACAAGGAAAUUGAGGCGGAGGUGAUCAAAUCCGGCACGCUCAAUCUCGUGGAGCCGUUCGUGACGACGCACAACCCGUCGGAGUUUGCCAAAUCGAACCUGGCGCACGCGCACGGGCAGAGCAAGCACUGGCUGCAGCGGCUGGUGCCGGUGCUGAGCUCGAAGCGCGAGGAGGCGCGCAAUCUGGCCGCGUUCCAUUUCUGCAUGGAGGCGGGCAUCAAGAAGGAGCAGGGCAACACGAACAUCUUCAAGGAGAUUGGAGCGAUCGAGCCGCUGAUCCGGGUGGCCAGCUCGCCGAACGCGAUCGCGUCCAAGUUUGCGGCGCAAGCGCUGCGGCUGAUCGGGGAGGAGGUGCCGCACAAGCUGUCCCAGCAGGUGCCGCUCUGGUCGACGGAGGACGUGCGCGAGUGGGUGAAGCAGAUCGGGUUCGGCGAGUACGAGCAGAGCUUCUACGACUCGAAGGUGGACGGGGAUCUGCUGCUGCAGAUGCAGGACCACAACCUGUGCGACGACAUCGGGAUGAAGAACGGCAUUCUGAGGAUACGGUUUCUGCGCGAGCUGCAGAAUCUGAAGAAGAUGGCGGACUACAGUUCGCGCGACACGGACGGGCUGCACGCGUUCCUGAGCCGCAUCGGGCCGGAGUACACGAUCUACACGUACACGAUGCUGAAUGCGGGCGUGGACAUCGAGUCGCUGCGGACGCUGGACGAGGAUCAGCUGACGGCGACGUGCGGCAUUACCAAUGCGAUCCAUCGGUCGCGGAUUCUGCAGGUGAUUAAGCUGAACGAGUCGAUCCCAUCGUUCCGGUCGGAGCAGAGCGCGGAGAAGAAUCUGGACGUGUUUGUGAGCUACCGGCGCAGCAAUGGGUCGCAGCUGGCGAGCCUGCUGAAGGUGCACCUGGAGCUGCGCGGAUUUUCGGUGUUCAUCGAUGUGGAGCGGCUGGAGGCGGGCAAGUUUGAUAACAAUCUGCUGCAGAGCAUUCGGCACGCGCGCCACUUUCUGCUGGUGCUGACGCCGGAUGCGCUGAACCGGUGCAUCGAUGAUGUCGAUUGCAAGGAUUGGGUACAUCGGGAAAUUGUCGCCGCACUCAACUCCGAAUGUAACAUCAUUCCCAUCAUCGACAACUUCCAGUGGCCCGAGCCGGAAAAGCUGCCCGAGGAUAUGCGCGGCGUCUGCCACUUUAACGGCAUACGCUGGAUCCACGACUAUCAGGACGCCUGUGUGGACAAAGUGGAAAGGUUCAUGCGAGCGGAAAUGAAUGGUCGCGGAGGAUGCGGACUGCUGGACCAUGGCAGCCGGCUGCUCAGCCGGCAGCCGGGCGAUGCGACGCCCACGUCCGCCAUCUACCAGCGCAUGCACAGCAACGAUUCCGGCAAGAGCAGCGACAAGGAGAACAGCCGGAACCUCGAAUGACUAGAUGCCCCUUCGGUUGCCCACCAUCCGGGGCCGUGUGCGGCGGGCGGCGGUUCCACCGGCUCGCUGAACGGCCCCGGUGCGGGUGCACCCGCCCCGACCGCCCCGCACCAUCCACCGCGGUCGUAUUCCUCGCAGCUGGCGCAGCUGUACCGCAAAUCGGCCAGCCCGGCCCGCCAAGGCCCAACCGGGGGCAGUGCGGGGGCUCGCGGUGCCGCCCGGUACGCCACCAAACCGGCCCGCGGAGUACCUGGUGGGAUGAAUUCGCUCCCUCGCCCGCUGCACCACACAGCGAGACCGUCGACUGCCGAGCUGCGGCGCAGUUCGGCGGCCGGGUUGAACGUGGUGUCCCAGCGGCCACCGUUGCCGCCGAAGAUUGAGCUGCGCAGCCACAGCUACGAUGGGCUGCUGGACGAUACGGCUCGGUUGCAGCGUGGCAAGGCCGGGAGCCGCGAGGGGACGGAGGGUGCGGGGGUGAAGAAAGCAACCGAAGGGAAUGAUGAGGAUCGAGUGGACGGACAUCGGGAGACGCCGAUCGCCGAGGAUCAGCAGGAUCAGGAGGAACCGAUUAAAGUGGCGUCCCAGAUCAGGAAGCUGUUUGCGGAGCCGGCCAACGGAGGAGGAGGAGUGGGCAGUUCGGCCGGUUCGGAAUCGUCGUCGAUCAAGAGCAAAAACCGGCGCUCGCGCAGUAUGGACGAUCUGUUCGACGACGAGCAAGCGGCCGGGCCGGAAUGUAACUUCCUCGACAGUACGCAAAGCAUGGAGACGCUGCUGGAGCCGGUUACAGCGGAUAAACAGCCCGAUACGCCGCCGCCCGUCGCCUGUUCGAUGGGUGGAAACAUCUGCCUAAACCGACGGUUUGUACCGCCGGAGGAGGAGGAGCAGCAGACAGUGGCACCGGAGCUGUCCCGCCCAACAUCACAGGAGCAGCUGUGCGAGAAGGAAACGAUCACGGUGGACAGUACGCCCCGGUUUCAGGGCGGUCCGCCCGGUCCCUCGCAGAGGGACGACGAUGGGACGCCGGAACUGCCGGACGAGGAGGACGUCCAGUCGACGCACUCCUCCGUCACGUCGUCCGCAUCGGGCGGGCCGAAGAAGGCGCCCAAACCGCUGAUCAAUCGCUACGUCAAGAAGGUGAAAUCUUUCAUGAAGAUGUAACCGAGCUCAUCGCACUCGAAUAAGUAGUUGUUAAGGAGGGUGGUAGGAGGUGGUGCUGCUGCACGGCAGGCAAAGCCAGGCCAUUGUUUUGUGAUCCUUUUUGCGAACCGAACGUGUGUCACAUGGGCACCGAGAAAACAAAAACCGAAAUACUACCGACAAGCGCAACCUUCUCCACACUGCGCCCGAUGGUCGCGCGAUUCUCCACUUACGUUACGGUUGCGUGUGUGUUACACGUUUAUUUUUGCUUUUAAAUAGAAUUUGACUAUGCGAUGGCAGGGAUGGGUGGCGUUAGUGUUAGGCCAUAGGAGUUUUUGUUUUUAAUAUUUAAAAAAAGAAAGUUAGUUUCGCUCUUUUUCCCCUUUUUAUCCCUUUUUUAAACAAACUCGCUCGACAAUCAUCGCAAACGAUGGCGAUGAGAUAGUUUGGGGGGAGGAGGGUUUUACAAACUGUUCCAUUAAGCUAGCAAGGAUAAGAAGACACAACAAGAAGCAUACACAGAAAACAUAUUUACCCCUUAGCGCGUAAUACCACUGUCCUUCGAUCGAUGUAUUUUUUGUCGUGCUAAUUUAAUAUUACCAAUCGUACCACAACAACUGCUGCUAUUACUACUUCUUUUACUAUAUCUACUACUACUACUACUACUACUACUACUACUACUUACAUCAUUGUGAUUAGUUUCGCGCAUACCGUCCGCUGUUGUUUGCGUGCGGGAGUGCUGGAACGUUGUAAAAUAUAUUAUUUAGACAUAUAAUGGCGAGGGUGCGAAGGAGGGAGUACCUCUCCUUCCGUCGCUGUGGCCCUCCGGUACCGUCAAAGUAUCUAGCUAGGCGAUAUAACCCGGUACCCGGUAGUAGUAUUUACCGAUUGGAUGUUAAUAAUUCUUUCCCAAGUAUGUAAAUAUGCGCUAACUCUCUCACUUUCUCUCAAUUUCUCAAUCACUUUCGCCCAUACGCAAUGCCGUCGUUUGAUGCUACUUCUUUGCGCGAUUGUGCGCGCAAAAACUGCUAAGCAAUGGAUACAUUUGACCGUGUGGGACCGUGUAUGUUGCCGUUGUAUCAUGUAAACCGUUUAAACCUCUUACAAGCUGUAGCUCUAGAGCUCUAGAGCAGUGCAGGGCUGUGGUGGAAUUUGAAUAGUAGCAGGCGAAGGCGCGACCAUGCGUCCAUACUAAGAAAAAAAAACAAAGUGCUUUAAAAACUGUGAAACCUCGGUGUAACCUUGAGAUGAUUUAGGGAGAAAAAGAAAACAUAGAACGACAACAAAAAACAUAAGAUACACAUACACACACGCAAACAAUUGUAUGUUUUUAAUGAUAUCAAUAAAGCAAAAACCACACUCACAGCUAA